AUGACUUUAUGUAAAAUAUUUCUUAAGGCAGAUUAAAGAUCUAGAAUGGCUGCAAAAUAUUAAGAGAGUUUAUUCGAGAAAGCAAAUAAAUUUGAUUAUAAAGUGGAAAAUAUUGGAAUAAGUUAUGAAAUAUCAUCUUAAAUGUUUAGAAAAGAUAUUAUAGAAUAUAAUUUGAGGUUAUUUGUUAAGUAAAUCUAAUAAUUAUUGAAAGAUAUUAAAUGAUUAGCGAUGUUUAGAAGAUGUGGGUUGUUUAGUUGUUUAUAUACAAAACAAAGAUUUAAUAGUUGUGA